AUGGGAGGAAGCACUGGGCGGCGGCGAGCAGCCGAGAGAGUGCUGCUGCUGCUGCCCGCUGUGCUGCUGAGCUUGUGCUGCCGGGCGGUGCCGGAACCGAUCCGCUACACCAUCCCCGAGGAGCUGAGCAGAGGUUCACUGGUGGGGCCGCUGGCGCGGGAUCUGGGGCUGAGCCCGGCGGAGCUGCCGGCACGUAAACUGCGUCUCAGCGCCGAGAAGCAAUACUUCGUCGUGAACGGGGACACCGGCAACCUGUACGUGAGCGAGAGGCUGGACCGGGAGGAGAUGUGUGGCGAGGCACUGACCUGUUCCGUCAGCUUCGAGGCGCUGGUGAAUGACCCGCUCAACGUUUUCCAUGUCGAGGUGGCCAUCCAGGACAUCAACGACAAUGCUCCGCGGUUUUCUAAAGACAACAUCCACUUCGACAUUAUUGAAUCCACACUUCCUGGCACCCGCUUUGCUGUGGGAGCCGCUGAAGACACAGACGUGGGCAGCAACUCCCUGCAGGGCUACAAGCUGGAGACCAACAAGUACUUUGAGGUGGAGGUGAAGGAGAGGCAGGACGGCAGCAAGUUCGCGGAGCUGGUGCUGCGCCGAGCACUGGACCGGGAGAUAGAGCAGAACCUGCAGCUGGUGCUGACGGCGCUGGACGGCGGCGACCCGCCCCGCAGCGGUACCGCCCAGCUCUAUAUCAACGUCACCGACGCCAACGACAAUGCUCCCAUAUUCGCGCAGGAUCGGUACCGAGUGAGCCUGCGCGAGGACGCGCUUCCAGGCUCCAUGGUAUUGAACGUCUCGGCCACCGAUGCUGACGCUGGAACUAACGCACACAUCACCUACGGCUUCUGGGACUCGCCAGCCAAAGUCCUUAAAAAAUUCAUGGUGGGCGCAGAGAGUGGAACAAUCUCGCUGCAGGAAGCGUUGGAUUUCGAGGAGACUGGAAGCUACACGCUGCUAGUGGAGGCAAGGGACGGAGGCGGUCAGGUCGCUCAUUGUGAAGUUGAGUUAGAGGUACUGGACGUGAACGACAACGCACCGGAAGUGAUACUGACGACGGUGUCGAGCCCGGUCCCCGAGGAUGCUCCAAUAGGCACGGUGGUGGCCCUGGUAAAAGUGCGGGACCGCGACUCCGGGGAGAAUGGCCAGGUGCGAUGCGAGCUGUCAGGAGAGGCGCCGCUGUCGCUCGUGGCGUCCUCGGGAGGCUCGUACAAGGUGGUGACGGCGAGCGCGCUGGACCGAGAGCAGGCAGCCGAGCACCGAGUGACGCUGGUGGCCAGAGACCGGGGCAGCCCGGCGCUGUCGAGCCGCACGGUGCUAGUGCUGGAAGUGUCGGACGUGAACGACAACUCGCCGGCGUUCGAGGAGGAAGUCUACAACGCCUACGUGGCUGAGAACAACGCGGCGGGAGCGCCGGUGCUGCGCGUGCUGGCACGGGACUCGGACGCGGGCGCCAACGGGCGCGUCAGCUACUGGCUGGAGGGCGGCAGUGAGGCAUCUGUUUCGCCGCCGGUGUCAGUGGAGGCGGAGAGCGGCGCCGUGUACGCGCAGCGCUCCUUCGACUACGAGCAGUGCCGCGAGUUCACGGUGACGGUGCGGGCGCAGGACGGCGGGGUGCCGGUGCGCAGCUCCACGGCCACGGUACGCAUCUUCGUGCUGGACCGCAACGACAACGCGCCGCGGGUGCUGUGGCCGACGGCAGCGUCGGCAGGAGGCGAGGCACCGCCGUUCGAGGUGGUGCCGCGCACGGCCGAGGUGGGCUACCUGGUGGCCAAGGUGGUGGCGGUGGACGUGGACGCAGGGCGCAACGCGUGGCUGUCAUACGAGCUGCUGCAGGCGCCGGAGCCGGCGCUCUUCCGCCUGGGGCUGCACAGCGGCGAGGUGCGCACGGCGCGGGCCGUGUCGGAGCGCGACGCGGCCAAGCAGCGUCUGGUGGCCCUGGUGAAGGACCACGGGCAGCCGGCGCUGUCGGCCACGGCCACGCUGCACGUGGUGCUGGCCGAGAGCUUGCAGGAGGCGCUGCCGGAGCUGAGCGAGCGGCCGGCGGGCACGGACUCGCCGGCGGAGCUGCAGUUCUACCUGGUGCUGGCUCUGGCUCUGCUGUCGGCUCUCUUCCUUCUCAGCCUGGUGCUGGCACUGCUGUCGCGGCUGCGGAGGGCCGGGCCGCCCGCCGUCCUGCGCUGCCUGAGCGCGCAGCGGUUUUCUCUGGCUGGCGCCGCCUUCCCGGCCGACUUCUGCGAGGGCACCUUGCCUUACUCCUAUAACCUGUGCGUGGCCCCGGGACGCGCCCUGACCGAGGCCACUUGGCUGCCCACUCCGCUGCCCGCGGAGGAGCUGCUGGGCGGGGAGUCCUGCUGGAAGCCGAGCCUGAACAGCAGUGCCGUCGCGGGAGACCCCCCCGCCGACCCCGACGUGCCUCAGGUCGAGUUCCCAGAGAUCAGUAAUGUCAUUUCUGUGACUUUGGAGAAGCAUUCAGUUGCUGUCAUCGAGUUCAAAAAGGGUGUCCAGAACAAACGAAUAUCGAGGCGAGAAAGAACGAGCCAGAGGAAGCCGGAGCGCAGCAGGGAGCCCCGCCCGCUGCGGCCCGGCUCGCUCUCUGGCUGGCUCGGAGUCGGAGCGACCUGCGAGCGUCCCCGCGGUGCGGAGCCGAGCUGCAGCGAGCCGGAGGGGCCAGCGGCGGUGGAAGUCAGCGGAGAGACGGAGCCGUAG